UUCAAAGGUAGUUACCUCAGAAACCGUUGCUGGUGAAGAAGUCAAAAGUGCAGUUGUCAAGACCUUGGAGUUAAAUUUUUUGUCGAAAUCGAAGUCAGGUGAAUCAGGAAUAGCGAGAAGAAUGGAAGAACGUUUGCUCAUGAGACUGGUGGUUGGACAGUUGCUGCUGGUUGUCGUAUCCUCAGCAGCUCCACAAGCACAGUAUCAACUUCGUCGUCCAGUUCAGACGAAUGCGCAAACACGUACCUUUCCCCAAAACACACUGGGUAGACAUACAGGUCCACAAACGCAAUUUCAAUUUCGGCGUCCAAUUCAGAUGGGUGCACAGGCCCGCAGUUUCCUUCCAAACCGUGUGAACGCAAAGAGAGGUUAUACAGCUGGACGUUACCCACCUCUCCCAUCCAGAACAGGGGCACAGUUACCGGCUGACAACAGGAAUUUUAUCCCCAAUAGAUUUGACAUUCCAGCGAGUGUUAUACACAAAAAGCCUGGAUCAUCAGUAGGGUGUGUUGGGGUUGAUCCUUGUGGAUUACUUCCCCCCUAUUCUUCACCAGCUCUCCCACAUGCUCCCCCUCUGCUACCUUACACCGGAUUCCCCCCACCACCUGUCCCAUACGGCCCCCAGGGGUACGCUCAAUCAGCCCCCAUGGCUCCCAAUGGGUAUGGUAUGCACUCAAUCAACACCAUGGCUCAGGAUGCAGCGGCAGCAAUGGCCGCUAAAUUAAAACUUCUUGGUGGGACACAUCCUGAGAAAAAAUUCGUGCCACAUCUUCCUCCCAUGGGGAGACCACAGCCGGGAAAACCUCCUUAUAACCCUCCACCUCCGGCUCCCGAGCCACCAGCAGCAGCAGCAUUUGCCCCAGGGCUGCCAGGCCAGCUGCCAUAUCAGCAGCCAUUUGGCUACAAUCAACAAGGCAUGCCUCCUCAAACAGCUGAAUUCGGCGCCCAACCGGCUCCCGGGUUUGCUCAGCCGGUAGCGCCUCCGAUGCAAGGAAGCUUCGCUGAUCAGCAACCUCUACCGGCGCCAGCUACUUUUCCCCAGGACCAGGCCCCUGCAUUUACCCCUCAGCAGCCCUUGUCCACGGGACCUCAACAGGUAGAAACACCACAGCUGGUUAACAAUGAUGACCCUCAAGUGCCUUUUUCAGCUGAGAUGAAUCAAACCCCUGCGUUUAAUGAUCCAGGACAACAAAUGGCACCUAAUGGCUCUUUUGACUUGGCAAAGAAGAGAAUGAUGGCUUUGAAACUAAAAGGUCAAAUGAAGAGAUUUGGAGUUCCAAGACCAGUACAGAAAUCCAGGCUGGCACCCAAGCCCUUGUUCAAACGACAUUUCUAAUAUAAUUUCUAAACAAAUGAUGAUUUAAACCUGAGUAAAUCUAAUUUAAUAAAUCUAAAAUAUAUGACGCUUUUCAUUCAUGA